GCCAUUAAUACACCUUUAUUAAGCAUACAACAUGUCUAAAUACGUGAUACCGGGCCAGUAUAUAAAACCCACUUAUAAGUUACAGGAUGGCUCAUCCGAGAAUGUUGUGGAGAAGUACAUAUCCGGGAAAGGGACCACAAUAUUAAAUAUUGAAGUAGAUUCCAAAGAGAUUAAGACGAUUCCAGUGAUCAGUUCCACGAUUUUAGGACAAUUAGUCAUCCAAGAAUUAAAGUUAACAGAUAAGAAUAAUGACGACGAGGAGAAGGAAGGAGAACCAAGCAUUAAGAGUUUUUUAGUGACGGUUAUGCCGAAAUCCAAUACGUAUAUUGAAUAUGAGAAGGAAAUUUUAAUGAAUACAACUGAGAUUGCCAAAGAUUCUAUAUCGAUAAAUUUACCACAAGAAGGAGAUAUAGUAUUAGUAAGAGUGACAAGAUUAAAUUUACAGCAAGCGUAUGUGGAAAUAUUAACGGUUGAAGGACAUGGUAAUGUACUUAGCGAUUCGGGAGUUGGAACCAUUGGGGAAGUUGCUCAUAAAUCUUUACCUAUAUGGGGGGGAUCACAACCUAUAAGUUCACAUACCACAGUUGCAUCAAGCCAAUCUACCUUGUUGAAUGCCCAAUCAAGUGAUUUAGGGGAGACUUUCAAAGGAAUAAUUAGAUUGAAUGAUAUUAGAUCUACAGAACGAGAUAAAUUAAAGAUUAUUGAAUGUUUUAAACCAGGAGAUAUAGUGAGAGCAGAAGUUAUUUCAUUAGGAGAUGGCUCUAAUUAUUAUUUGAGUACCGCUAGAAAUGAUUUAGGGGUAAUUUUUGCUAAAAGUGAAGGAGGCGCCGGAGGGUUAAUGUAUGCUAUUGAUUGGCAAACCAUGAUUUGUGAAGAGACUGGGGUUAUUGAAAAUAGAAAAUGUGCCAAACCAUUUAAUUAAAGAAAAAACUAUGUAUAUAUUUAAAUAGUGACCAAAAUGAAUAGAAUCUAUAAUAAUAUUGACAUGAAUUGAAAGAUUAUAAUUGAGGUAAAGGAUAUUUUAA